UUAAUAUUCAUACAACAAACCUUCCCCAUAGUAUGGUUAUCAUCAUUCUCCACUUGCAGGUCUUCUCUCGGUUAAGAUGGCCACUAGUCCCAAAAGACCCUCACUGGGGGCUGUGGCCCCACGUAAAAAAGCCAGUCCAAAAUCUGAACUGACAGAAGAGCAAAAGCAGGAAAUCCGUGAGGCGUUCGAGCUCUUUGACACUGAUGGCUCUGGUUAUAUUGAGGUGAAGGAGUUAAAGGUGGCCAUGAGAGCACUGGGCUUCGAGCCUAAAAAGGAGGAGAUCAAGAAAAUGAUUGCAGAGGUUGAUAAAGAGGCUACGGGAAAGAUCUCUUUCACUGACUUUCUGUCAGUGAUGACCCAAAAAAUGGCUGAAAAAGACUCUAAAGAAGAAAUUCUUAAGGCUUUUCGGUUGUUUGAUGAUGAUGAGACUGGAAAAAUAUCUUUCCGGAAUCUAAAGCGAGUGGCGAAGGAACUCGGGGAGAACCUCACAGACGAGGAGUUACAGGAAAUGAUUGAUGAAGCAGACAGAGAUGGCGAUGGGGAAGUAAACCAGCAGGAAUUUCUUCGCAUCAUGAAGAAAACAAGUUUGUACUGAAUGUUAUCUGAAGCACAUUAACUUCUAUGUAAACAUCAUUUUUACUUAUGAUUUCACACGUUUGUGCACAGUACCAUUCCAAAAACCUUGAUGCCUGUUGAACCCAGUGGUCAUUUCAGAUCUGCGUGGGUUUGCCAAAUAGCAACACGUCAGCUGUUUACACUAUAUAUUCUCAAAUAUUAUCAGUAAAGAUAAAAAGUAGCAUAUAAACAGAGGUUGUAUUGAUGAAGUCAUUUAUUGAUGCUUUAUGUGGAUAAAUCUUACCCAGAUAGAAUUUUUUUGUGGGGUCAUGUUUCAAAAUAAAUUAAAUAAUUAUAAAAUACUUUUCUAUAAAAGCUUAUUUGUUGAUCAGAUUAAUAACUAUCCCAAAACACUUUUUAAAAAAUGCAUUUCAGAAUUACUACUAAAACUCUAUAUACAGAUGAAGACUGUAAUGAAGUUAUUACCCUCCUGUGAAAUUUUUGUUGUAGUUGUUUUUUAACAGAGCAAGGACAUUUUUCACAGUAUUUAUCAUUAUAUUUUUCUUCU